UCGGAAGUCCCACAGGAGAGAAAUCGAGGUGCAGCUCGCCCGGUGAAAUCGAACUGAAGCUUAACAAGAGGACAGGAGAGAAACCAGCACAGGAAACAGAGGCGAAAAAAUAUAUAAACUGCAACUUUGGAAAUCUGCAAUAACAUAUUAUUCUAACCUCCCUGUCCCAACGAAACUUUUACUGUUUUGGAAGUUCACUCCAGUAGAGUUUGGCGAUGUAAAUUAUUUAACUGUGUGGAUGUGAGAUUUUAUUUUUUUGCGGGAAAGUUUGAACACACAGAGACAGAGAGAGACGCACACACCAGGAGACAGAUACUGUUACAAUUAUCUCUGGCUAACUGGUCCGAAUUGGUGGCUCCCAAACCUGGGAAGUGUUGGCUUCAUGGACCUCUCUUGCGGCUUGAUCCCUGAGCUUCCUGAGUGGGUGUGAGAGUGAGAGAGAGAAGGCCGGAGUUUAUCAGGAUUCGCACCUUGGCUUGUUGAUAGGACCAAUUCUUGACGCUCAGCCAACCCCUGGGGUAGGAAGGGGUUUCUGAUGAUGAUGCUGCUCCCCAGGUAGAGCCCAAAAGGAACCGAUUCGCCAUCGCCAUGGUGGAGCCCAACUGGAAGACCAUUUUUGGCAGGGCUUCCUGGGGUGCGGCCAAACCCCUUGAGCCAGAGGGGUCGUUUACCAAUCCCAUCUGGACGGCCCUGUUCGACUACGAGGCCCAUGGCAAGGAUGAGUUGACGCUGCGCAAGGGUGACCUGGUAGAGGUGCUGUCCAGGGAUUCGGCCAUCUCUGGCGACGAGGGCUGGUGGGCCGGCAAGCUCCGAGACAAGGUGGGCAUCUUCCCCGCCAACUACGUGUCCCCGCAGCCGCCCACAGGCUACGGCAAGCUGUCGUCGGGCCGCGCCGAAGAGCUGGCUGCGCCGGCCCAGGUCUCCUUCCGGGAGCUGACCCUCCAGGAAGUGAUAGGGGUGGGGGGCUUUGGCAAGGUGUACCGGGGCACCUGGCGGGGGCGGCUGGUGGCGGUGAAAGCGGCCCGGCAGGACCCCGACGAGGACAUCAGCGCCACGGCGCAGAACGUGAUGCAGGAGGCGCGGCUCUUCGCCAUGCUGCGGCACCCCAACAUCAUCGCCCUGCUCGGGGUGUGCCUGCAGGAGCCCAACCUGUGCCUCAUCAUCGAGUACGCCUCCGGGGGCCCGCUGAACCGUGCGCUGGCCGGACGCCGGAUCCCACCCCACGUACUGGUCAACUGGGCGGUGCAAAUUGGCAAGGGCAUGCAGUACCUCCAUGAUGGGGCCAUCGUGCCCGUCAUCCACCGCGACCUCAAGUCCAACAACGGUAAGAGGCGAGCGCACGUGACUCCUUCCCGCUGGCGCGUGAUUUUUGUGGCGGCCCCACCCCAGUGGGGGACCCAGGGCUGAGGGUAACCAGAAGUUAUCGCCAAGGGAGGCAGAGGAGAUUUGCCAGAGGGGUCCUGGGGACGAGGGUCAUCGGCCACAUCCGUAAUAUACAUUUAGAGAUAGCAAGAGCUGCCAAUGCUGGAGUCUGAGACUGCACGGUGUGGAGCCAGAGGAACACAGCAGGCCAGGCAGCAUCAGAGGAGCAGGAAAUUUGACGUUUCGGGUCGGGACCCUUCUUCAGAAGUUUGAUUUGAUUUCUUGUCGUCAUAUGUACCUAGGUACAGUGUAAAGUUCUGUUUUGCCAGCAGCAGAGGCAGAUCAUAACACAGAAAGAUCAUAGGGUGAUUGGACAGAGCGAAAUAUGAAAUUACGGCUGCAGAGAAAGAUGCUCAAAGAGCAAGAUCAACAUUAGAUUUGAAGUUUG